AUGGGAAACGAUUUGAAGGGUUUGAUGCGCCGCCUCACCGGCAUCCGCAUCGAGGUCAGUGAGGAUAAACGCGCAAGAAAGCUUGAAUUCCCGGGAGAGGAUGUGGACGCGUACUUGGAGAAGCUGGGCUUGACGAAGCAGGAGCUUUUGACUGACGCAUUCCGCACGUACAGCUUCGCGGAGCUGCAGAUCAGGAAGGCAAUCAUCGAGGUAAACUCAACCGCUGGCAAGGACACGCAAAUCCCGGAGGAUACCUACCCAUGGCGCUGGCUGGCGAAGCAAGAGAAACUGGAAAAGAUGCGCAAGAUGCACGCCGAAGCAUGCAGAAGCUUCCAUAAGAUGAAGUUGAAGGCAACAGGAGAAAAAGACCAGCUCUUGAAUGCCAUCAAGAAAGCCAAGCAGGAGCAUGGCGAAGCGGUUUGCAUGAAGGAGAAUCUGGCACGUGUGAAGGAUGACCUUCGUGGCGCGCACGCUGCCGCUUUCCUUCUGCACGAUGCUACGCGUAUGAUCGAAGCGGCGCAGAAAAUGGAGCAAGCAGCUGAGCAGAAUCUUCAGGAAGUGGAGAAAGAGCACUUCAAGCAUGAGCAAAAGCUCCGGGAACAAGAGGUUGAACUGUACGAGAGGCGGGUCGACGAGCUUGAGCGUACACGAGAGGACAUCGAUGAGCUCAAGCAGGGCUGGAUAAUCUACGUGAGGUUCGCCCUCUUCCACCCGCGAGAGGAUAUUGAUGAGGCAAUGGCUGCCGGCUCUCCACCUACGAUAGACCGGCUUCAGGGUCUUGCACGGAACGACCAUCCGUAUGCUUUGGACUGA